ACAAUCCUCUUUGUUACCGAUUUGCGCUCUGCUUUCUGAUUCACAACACCAAGUUUUGUCGACAUCCUACCAUACAUUUGACAAUUUAUAACCUUUCUUUAGGUCUGCAUUCACCGUAAUGUCGUCAGAUAGUUAGCCGAUGAGCGACACUAACGGAUUCGUUGGUAACGUUAGGUGAUGUUUUGACCGUGAACCGGAGAUCUCUGCAGGGAUUCGAGUCGUCAGAAGAUGGCCCCUACCAAGAUGAAACUGCGUGUCCGGCGGCGGGAGAGCGGAGGAGGUGGUCAGGAACAGGAAGAAACCUCUAAGACCUCCUCUCAGUCGGUGUCGGCCGAGGCGUCUCCUGACUCUAAAUGCCCAAUCUGUCUGGACCGUUUCAACAACAUGUCUUACCUGGACAGGUGCCUCCAUCGCUUCUGCUUCCGGUGCAUACAGGAGUGGAGCAACAACAAGGUGGAAUGUCCUCUGUGUAAACAGCCGUUCUCCUCCAUCCUUCACUCGAUCAAGGCCCAGGACAACUUUAAAGAGUUUACUCUCAGGCCUCCUCCUGUUCCAGGGGAGAACGGGACCGCAAUGAUCGCAGCUGCCGAAGCAGCCGCAGCUGCCCUGGUGACCGCCAGGGUCGGUGGUAGUCAUGGAGAACGAAGGAGGACGAGGAGAAGAGGAGGGGGGCAGGGGAGAGGAGGGAGAGAGAGGAGACAGUCAGGACGACUGUGGAGAGGGAGGGGACUCUCUUCUGCUCCUCCUCUCCCUCCUCUUCAUCCCCCUCUUCUACCCAGGCCCGAGGAUGGAGGAAUGAGAGGAGAGAUGGAUGGAGAGGACCCGGGGGUCAUCUUUGAUGGGCUGACUGGCGUGUCCGCCCCCCCACCUCACGAUCGAGGGGUGCAGCGUCUCAUGGUGCGUCUGGCUGCUAGGCGACGAUCCCAGAGAGAGGGGCGCUCCGUAAGACUGCUCCGACCACGGGAGAUGCUUUCUUUCCGCCGGGCACUCUACCGCAGUGGCGUACGUGUCAGGAACGCCCGCGGGGGCUGCGAGAGGCCCCGUGACAUCACUGCUGCGUUUUACCAGCGGAACCCGGUUGCUCUCCAUAGACUCCUCCCCUGGUUACAGCGGGAGCUGACGGUGCUGUACGGCGCCCAUGGCUCAUUGGUCAACAUCGUCCAACGCAUCAUCACCUCGCGAAUCGCACGUCACGACAUGGAGGGAGGGGGUGGGGCCAUCCAGGACGAACUCCGUCCCUUCCUGCUGGCGAGGACUGAUCACUUCCUUCACGAGCUUAUCAGUUUUGCACGUUCUCCUCUCAGUAUGGAAGUGUACGACCAGCUGUCCAUCUACGACCCUCCAGCGCCGUCCUACGAGGACAGGAUGACAUCAUCAUCUAGCGACACUGACGACUCUGUCAUCGCCAUUUCAGAUGAAGAGGAAGAGGAAGGAGGGUCGGAGGGAGAACGAGAGAGACGGCCGGUGUCGGUAGCAGGAAGUAGCGCUCUGAGCCAAUCUGCUUGGGACGAUGAAACACCAGGACCCUCCUACUCUACAGCUGAGCCGUCCCAAUCCCCCAUGCCGCUGUCGAUCAGCCCAGGGGGGGGGGACUCUGGUCCAGCGGGGGCUAAUCAGAAUCCUGCUCAGGACAUGACAGCGGCAGGGAAUGGAGAGAGGGUUGAGGAGGGAGGAGAGGAAGAGGAGGGGGAACAAUGUAUGAUAGUAGGGUUUGUUAAAGCCAUGGCUGAGAGAACUCCUGAACUGGUCCAACUCUCCUCUGACCCCUCAGACGAAGAGGUGGAGAAACAGGAGACGAAAGAGACUGUUCCACAAACAACGUUAACCCCUCUCUCUCUCGUUGUCCCUCCCCUCUCCAUUCCAGUUCCCCCCAUGUCUCUGUUUAAAAACACCAGCACAGAAAGACAGGGAGGAGGGGGGGAGAGACAGGGAGGAGGGGGGGAAAGAGGACUGGGAGUAAGACAUCUAGACAGAGAGAGAGAGCAGGUAGAAGAGAGACUCCUCUAUUGCCCUCUAGGGGAGAGAAGGGAGGGCAGACACCGAGAGCGGUCGUGUUCAGGAUCGCGGUCCAGAAGCAGACAUCGGUCAGCGAGCGUUUGGUCGCGGUCCGGUCGGUCCAGGAGUUCUGAACGGAGCUGGUCAGCACGGAGCCCCGUGUCCGUACGGAGCGAUGACAGCAGCCAGGAACGGCGCCGGAAGAGACGGGCGAGAGAGCGGGAGAAAAGGAGACAGGAGAAAGGAAGAGGCGCCCACGACAGAGGCUCCCACGACAGAGGCUCUUAUAGACAACACAGCAGAGAGCACAGGAGAGAGACCAGUGGAGGAAGUGAGAGGAGCAGAGGUAGAGAGAGAGAAAGGAUUCCAUAUGAACCAGCCAGGUCCCAAUAUUCUAACACAGGAAUAUUCUUUAGUCCGGAAAACAGCGUCCUAUCCCAUUCCCCGUCCUUAUCCCGGAGUAGCCAGCGAGGACCAGAAUCUCCUGGGGAACACCGGCAUUCCCGGUCCUCUGACAGCCUCUCUUCCUCCAGCUCCCUGUCCCAUCUCUCUGCACACAGACAGCAUUCCCGACAUUCCCCACGCUCCGACAAGCCGGGAGGGAAGAGGAAAUAUAAGACACGGCAUCUGGAAGACCCUUCCUGGGAGCCAUCCGGCUCUGCACGGAGAGAGAGGGGGCGAGGGGGGACAGAGGCCACCGCUAGCCCCCGGAAGAGCAGAGGCAGUCUGGAAGACCCUUCCUGGGAGCCAUCCAGCUCUGCACGGAGAGAGAGGGGGCGAGGGGGUGAGCGAGAGAGGGGGCGAGGGGGUGAGCGAGAGAGGGGGCGAGGCGGGACAGAGGCCACCGCUAGCCCCCGGAAGAGCAGAGGCAGUCUGGAAGAGAGUGUGAAGAAGAGGAGACGUCAGUCCCGCAGCCCCAGUGUCGAAAUCAUCUAUGAAGGCAUGACCGUGACCACUGCUAGCCCCUUACGACCCAAACACAACCACAAACGCGACGGCAAACACCGGAGAAAACAACGUCACGACCGCACCCUCCAACGCUCUCCCAUGGUCAUCACUAUAGACAGCGACAGUGACAACAAACACGUGGUCCAAACGACCAGUCUGGAAGAUGACCGCGCUCUGGAUUUCUCUGAGCGUUCUCUGACCGUGCCUGGUCUUCCAUUAGGCGGCCACAACCUGGACGUGGGGGUUGAUAUCAGUGAUUUUGCAGUCGAUGUUCUCGACCGUUCUCUGAGCGUUUCGGACAUUGACCACAAUGACGGAAUCGACCAUAAAACGGAGCUCGAUGACGACUGUGUGGUUGACGUUUCUGUCAACGUCAAGGACCGCGUUCUGAACACAAACACUAAUGCGGUCGACCGCCCCCAGGACGCAGACGGUUAUGUUCUCUCCCAGGUCAAUCUUACCUGUGACCCUGGGGUCGCGACCUCUGACUCUCAUCUCCUAGCGACCAUCCUAAAGGACCUAGAACACAUCACACUCCCUAACCUGAACCCAGACCCUAACCACAGCCGUAAUUCAACCACACCGGACCACAGAGAGAACGCCAGGGAGAACGCCAGAGAGAACGCCUGGCCGGCCAGAGAGAACACACCGACUCCCUGGUCCUCUGAGGGAGAGACUAACUUCAACAGCCCUGUUUCACCUUCAGCCAAUCACUCUCCGAGUUCUGAAUCAUUCACAGACAACCACUCUGCUAGUCCUUUAUCUCCUGUAGGUCACCCUGCUAGUCCUAUAUCUCCUGUAGGUCACCCUGCUAGUCCUGCUAGUCCUAUAUCUCCUGUAGGUCACCCUGCUAGUCCUUUAUCUCCUGUAGGUCACCCUGCUAGUCCUAUAUCUCCUGUAGGUCACCCUGCUAGUCCUAUAUCUCCUGUAGGUCACCCUGCUAGUCCUAUAUCUCCUGUAGGUCACCCUGCUAGUCCUAUAUCUCCUGUAAGUCACCCUGCUAGUUCUAUAUCUCCUGUAAGUCACCCUGCUAGUUCUAUAUCUCCUGUAAGUCACCCUGCUAGUUCUAUAUCUCCUGUAAGUCACUCUGCUAGUCCUAUAUAUCCUGUAAGUCACCCUGAUAGUCCUAUAUCUCCUGUAGGUCACCCUGCUAGUCCUAUAUCUCUUAUAGGUCACCCUGCUAGUCCUAGAUCUCCUCUCGGUCACUCUGACAGUCCUAUAUCUCCUCUCGGUCACUCUGCUGGUCCUAUAGGUCACUCUGCUGGUCCUAUAGGUCACUCUGCUGGUCCUGUAGGUCACUCUGCUGGUCCUAUAGGUCACUCUGCUGGUCCUGUAGGUCACUCUGUUGGUCCUGUAGGUCACUCUGCUGGUCCUGUAGGUCACUCUGCUGGUCCUAUAGGUCACUCUGCUGGUCCUAUAGGUCACUCUGCUGGUCCUAUAGGUCACUCUGCCAGUCCUGUACAUCACGACUCUAGUGCAGUAUCACCCAUUGUCCACCAUACUAAUAGUCCUUUAUCAUCACCCAUAGCUGGUUCUAUAUCGGUAGAAAACCCUCGCUUACCUUCUAGCACUGGGUCAUCUGUAUCGGCCAGUCCUGUAUCGGCCAGGCAUGAUCAGGAGGGGCCUGUAUCGGCCAGCCAUGAUCAGGAGGGGCCUGUAUCGGCCAGCCAUGAUCAGGAGGGGCCUGUAUCGGCCAGCCAUGAUCAGGAGGGGCCUGUAUCGGCCAGCCAUGAUCAGGAGGGGCCUGUAUCGGCCAGCCAUGAUCAGGAGGGGCCUGUAUCGGCCAGCCAUGAUCAGGAGGGGCCUGUAUCGGCCAGCCAUGAUCAGGAGGGGCCUGUAUCGGCCAGCCAUGAUCAGGAGGGGCCUGUAUCGGCCAGCCAUGAUCAGGAGGGGCCUGUAUCGGCCAGCCAUGAUCAGGAGGGGCCUGUAUCGGCCAGCCAUGAUCAGGAGGGGCCUGUAUCGGCCAGCCAUGAUCAGGAGGGGCCUAUACACUAACACGGUAUACAGCACUGACUGAUCACCUGGACACACACUAUUACAUGAACUGCCCCACACACACACACACACACACAGUCACACACACACACACACACACAGUCACACACACACACACACACACACACACACAGUCACACACACACACACACACCAUUUGAAUAUGCUGAGGUUGUUUACCGUUGUUUGUUUUGAAACCUGUUGUCUUCUACAAAAUGGACUCUUGAAUGAAACUAUCUUUCUGCAGGAAAAAAAAACAAAUAAAAUCACAUUUGACGAUAAAUUUA